GCAACACGUAGGCUGGUUCGGCAACCAUGCCUCCCGCCGGCGGCGAUCCGCGCGGCGCCGCGUGUCCCCGCGCAUCCGCGGACGUGGCUGGGCAACUGCUCGCAAAAGGACACCGGACUACCGGAAGAAAUACUCCCCGCAGUAAGGAACACAUCCCACUGAACAGUAGUACUACAGAGUCUCACUCACGGCGUUGGACAUGGAGACUGGAGCGGCGGGACAGGCCGGCGGCGGAGGACCGGCGGCGGCGGCGGCGGCGGGGGAGUACUGGAGCGAGGCGCUCAAGUCGUUCCUGGACCAUAUCCCCGUCUCGUCCGUCAACGGCGCGAUCCAGCCCUCUCCCUCCCCAGCGCUGGAGAUCAGGCUCGAUGGCUCCGUGCCGGACGCCAUCGACUCCAUGUACCGCAGCGAUGUCGCCGGCGCGGUGAUCGUCGACGAUGUGCGGACUAGUUUCGGCAAGUUCGUCGAUCGCGACAUAGGAUUCGUCGAGUUCCCAAGCCUCGUCUUGUGGGCGAUUGAGGAAUUUGACAAACUGGGAAGUGGAGCAGGUGACAAAAACUCCGACUUCCUGACAAGUCUAAAACAGCAUCCUCAGAUUGCAGAAACAAAGAUUGCCUGGUUAGCAAAGUCGUUCCUAUGGGAGCCAUUCUUCCCCGUUCGAUCCCAUGAUACACUCUUCCAUGCAAUGCUUCUCUUCUCAAAGCACCGCAGGAUCAAUGUGGUACCUGUUGUUGAGUUGAUGAACUCCAGUGUUAUUGGAUUUGUAACGCAGAAUGCAGUAAUGGAAUUGCUUCUCAGUUCAAGUGGUCUUGAGUGGCUCGAUAAAAUUGCAGACAAACAACUUUCUGAAUUUAGGUUCGCAAAUACGACCAAGCCUGUUUCAGUCUACUCGGAUCAGACUCUCGCUGAUGCAUUGCAUAUUCUUUCAAAGGAGAAAAUAGGAGUUGCAGUUGUUGACAGGAAAACCAGUUGUCUGAUUGGAUCAAUACAGUGCAGCGAUCUUUAUCAGCUUCUGGACGAUAGCUCCCUAUUUAGGAACAGGAAGACAUUAAGUGCGGAAGAAUUCGUCAAACUGAAGAGCAAGGAUGAGGACAUCAGCACAGAAAAUUCAUCAGCUUCUGGUGGCCAAAAUGUCCUCAGCCUCAGAACAGGGCAGAGGAUAACAGCAGGCCUGCCUGUUACCAACCGCAAGUCUGACACCCUGAAGCAAGCAAUGGAGAAGCUGACAGCGUCAAGAAGCAGCUGCAGCUUCAUCGUCGACGAGCACGGGCGAGUCGAAGGAGUAGUCACGGCAAGGGACAUCAUCUCCGUCUUCUCCCCGCCAUGCAUGGACUCGAGGAUCGACGGAGGCACCUUCUUCUCGGCUGCGCUUGCGCAGACCGGCUGCCGCGUUGAGCAUGGGCAGAUGAUUCAGAACUCAUAGUUUCUACCUCAUCAUCUAAAACAAUGUUUACAGUUUUGUUGCCUGCAGAGAUUUGACCUUGCGAUUGUUGGUUAUUCAUGUUGAAAGCUUGACAUUUUUAAAA